AUGGCCGGCCGCCGUCUGACCCUCAACGACCUCCUCAACGACGACCCCCCGCCUUCCCAGCCAACCAGACAGCAUGCCGCCCCGGGCGCAGAUUGCUUCCCGCUGUCGCUGCAGGCGUCGAGCGCGCGCAGGACCCCGUCGCCGCCGCGAGGGCGCUAUGACCCGCUGUCGGACGCGAGAGUGAGCGCCAGCGCCGGGUCGAGCGGGGGGAUGUCCUCGCACUCGCGGUCGCCGAGCGUGCCGUUCCCGGGCAGAUAUUUGACGGGGCCCGGAUAUUCGCCGUCGAUGUCUCUGCCGCGGGCGAGCACGAGCCAUGCGCCUGCGCCGUCGCAGCAGCACUCGCCGUCGCCGCUGGGAGGGCUGGAGGCGCUGAUGGAGGCGGCGAGCGCGGAACAGCGGCGGAUGCACGACGAGAGCACCCGCCGAAGUAGCGCCGCGGUGGCCGAGUUCGCUGUCCCGCACAGCAACAGAAAGCGCAAGCGGCCGUCAGACCCCGUGCCGCCGCCGCCCCGGGUGCUGGCCGGGCCGGGGAUGCAGCCCUCGGAGCUGUCGGAGAAGGAGCGGGAGGUCGUCGAGCUCAUGGCCGCCCGCGCCGCCUCUCGCAGUCCAGAGCACGCCCGCUCGCCCGUCGUCCCCGCCGUCACCCGCACACCCGGCCCGCGCAGACCGUGGGAGGACACUCCGACACCCCCGCCCGCUGCUUGGCGGCCCCAUGAGCCAGCAGCUUAUGUGCACGCGCCGGAGACUCGUCGCGUGGAGCUCCAGCCCGGCGAGCCGGUCGUCCUCAGGCGUGUGGACGUUUCGCCCAACAGCAGAUACACCUUCAAGUCCCCUGUCGCUACACCGAAACCGCUGCCGCCUACGUCCAAGCCGCCAUCCACGAGCUCUAAACCAUCUUCGACGGGCUCAAAACCUCUGUCCGGUCCUUCCAGGCCUCUCUCUGCUCUAGUGCAGUCGUCCCCUCCUCAGCCGCCCACGAUCAUCCCUCCAUCACCCGCGCCCUCUGUUCCCAAAAUAUCGCCGACGACGCCCCAGCUUCCGCCAGUCCGAUCCAAAACGCCAUCAACACCGCAGGCUUCUCCGCCGCUCCCCAUCAUACCACCGCCGACCUCCAAACCGCCUUCAGUUCCAUCAAAACCGCCUUCCAAACCAUCCCCGGUCACCUCCAAGGCUGCAUCCCCGCCUCCACGAACUCCCAGUCCGCCAGCCAGCCGAGACGUAUCUCAUUCGCCCGAACUGCCCAGUUUCGCCGGUCCCUCGUGGGGUGCCCGUCCGUCCCUGGCCAAGCUAGCGCCGACAAAGGCACGGCCGACCAAACCGGUCAAGCGCGACCGUGCACAGGCCGGGCCGACCGCGUCUAUCUCACCGGUCUCCGCUACGACUGCGCUGCCUCCUGCUUCGCCGCCGGCCAAGUCUCCCGUGCUUCCUCCACCAACGCCUGUGCCUGUGGCGAAGCAGCGCUCCGAGUCGGUCGAGCGGAUGUUGGAGGAGAGUGCGGGACUCGCGCCUACACCUCCGCCUCAGCCACCGGUCAAUGUACCGACACCGGCACCGCGCGAGAAGGAGAAGGAGGUCGCGAAGAAGGGAAAGGAAAAGGAAGUGGCCAAGGAGAAAGAGAAGCCGAUAUCGGUACCGACGCCUACACCGGUGGCGGCACCUGUAUCCGCGCCAGAGCCAGAGCCUACGCCUGCACCUAUCCCUGCACCGGCACCUUCACCACCUCCCGAGGCCGUACAGCUCAAAUCAGAGCCUGCAGCCGAACCAGCGCCGUCUACACCUGAACUCCCUCCGCCUGCUCCCACGCCCAUACAAACAACUCCGGCAGUUCCACCAGCACCCACAUCGGCGGCACCCCCAAAUCCUGUCGUCGCUUCCCCUGCUCUCGACGCAGAUGAGGAACUGGCGCGUUCGCUAGAUGCUCAGCUCAACCGCCGCGCCCGGCCUGAACGCGAACGUCGCCGCACUGAGAAACUGCGCGACGUCCAGCCAGACCUGGAAGUUCUCCUCGCACAAGCCGAACGCGAACGUGCGGCGGCACCUAGCAAGAACAGGGCCAGGGACAAGAAGAGAGCGGAGGAGGCCGCGCGGAAGAAGCAGGAGGAGGGACGGGCGGCUGGGGCGAAGGAGAAGGCGAAAGAGGAUGGCGAUAGAGGAAGGGAGAAGAGGAGGAAGGUGGAUGACGACGAUGAGCUCGAUGCCGAGCUGUUGAGCCUUGUAGGCGACAGGCCAUCGCCCGUACCGGCGAAGACCAGAGAUGUCACGACCGCUACGGCAUCGCCGCCACCACCACCACUGCAUACCAAGGCAGAGCUGGACAGGGAGAGCAUGCCGCCGCCGCCUUCACCUGAUGAGGACCGUGCGCCCUCUGCAUUGGUACCCCAGAAGAGGGGUCCUGGUAGGCCACCUGGAGCAAAGAACAAGAACAAAUUGGGCACCGUACCCGCCUCCGCUAUACCAGCCAAGAAGAAACCCGCACCGAAAAAGUCCACGCCUGGCGCACGCUCUCGUUCUUCGUCGGUGAUGCCAAUGCCAUCUUCCUCCCUCGCACACGAAGUCAAGUUCGAUAGCGAUGACGAUGAGCCACAGCACGAGCGAGGCGUAUCGAUGGAGGUCGACCGCGCACCGGAGCCCGAGGACGCGAUCGCGCAGGCUUGGGCGCAGCGCGAGGAGAGGGAGCGGGCAAAGAAGGAGGAGAAAGAACGGGAGAGGGCUGCGAGAGAAGCAAGGAAGAGGGAGACCAAGGAGCGUGUGGCGGAGAAGGAGAACAGGAAGGAUAAGGGCGCAGGGAGCGACGAGGAUGAGGACGAGGAGGACGACAAGCUGUACUGCGUAUGCAAGAUGCCGUACGACGAGGAGAAGGUGAUGAUCGCCUGCGACCGGUGCGACGAAUGGUAUCAUACCAGCUGCGUCGACAUGCCCGAUAGCGAGGUUGACCUCGUGGACCAGUUCAUCUGUCCCCCGUGUGUCGAGAAGGACCCUCAUCUCAAUCUCCGCACAACAUACAAACGUCGUUGCCAACGGGGCCUGGAAGACGAUGGCGCAUGCAACAAACCCUCGCGCGGUGCACUGAGCAAAUAUUGUUCUGACGCGUGCGGUAUUGCUGCUGUCCGCUCGCGCAUCGGCGCGUGGAAUGGCGACCAUGCUGCACUCUGGGAGAGUGUCCGUGGGGCCGAGCGUCGCGAAGGCGUUGUCGUGCGCAUACUGGACAGCACAUCUUUACCUAACGCUGGCGCCAAUGCGCCAACGCCCAACGCAAACGGCCAUCAUCCGCCGACUGUGACUGUUAACGGUGACGGCAUAGUCGUCCUACCCAGCAAGCCCCGCGCAGAGCGCACUCUCGCCCGCCUCCGUGCUCAACUGGACGUCGUCGUCGCCCAGCGUGAGAACCUCACCCGCGCACUGGAAAGCGCGUCAUGGCGUAAAAGUCUGCUCGAACUCGCGACCGCGCGUGCGGAGGCAGACUCGUCAACGUGUGGAUGGGAUCAGCGGUUGUGCUUCGGUGACGCCGAGAUCGCGGACUUUGGUGCGGACGUGUUCGCCACUUACGAGAAGGAUGCUGCGAAGAGAGCGGAACGGGCUGCCAGUGAAGCUACAGAUGGGGAGCGGGAGGGCUCUGAUGAGGACGAGAGCGAUGCGAAGAGGGAGAAGGACGCGGAGAAGAUGGACGUCGACGGCGAGGAAGAAGAGCUGGAGGCGCCAUGGUGGUGCUAUGGUCGCAAGAAAUGCGACCGACAUUUCGGGUGGCAGAAGCUUCGCCAGAGCGACGUUGAGUGGGACCAGGAGACGAAGAUGGUCGCGCUCGAGCGGCUCACUACGCGCGAGCGUGAUAUCAGGCGGCGCGUGGAGGAUAUACUCGAUCCGCAUGCCGCGCCGCCGGCAUCGGCGGCUCAGGUCGAGGAUGAUGGCGGGACGCCGGAGCCAACGCUGGUCAACGGGCACGCGCAUGGAGGUGCGGCGAGGGCCAACGGUACAGAGGCGGUAGUGAAGAAGAGUCAUAAGAAGAAGUCGACGUAG